AUGGUCGAGCAGGACUCCUCCGUGGCGGAUGUGCAGGAGGCGCAGAACGAUGAAGAGAUGAAAGGGCAGUAUGCUGAGGAGGACCUGGGCUGCACUGAUCGUGAACGCUUUCUGCUGGAAUUGGAGUUCAUACAAUGCCUCGCCAGCCCCCAGUACAUACACUGGCUCGCACAGAACCAGUGGUUAGACGACCCAGAUUUCCUGAGGUAUCUUAAGUAUUUGAACUACUGGAGGAGGCCGGAGUAUGCAAAAUACCUCAUAUACCCACACUGCCUCUUCUUCCUUGAAAUGCUGCAGAGUAAAGAUUUUCGAAAGGCGAUGGCAAGGGACACUAUCAAGGAGAUGGUGCACCGCCAGCAGUUCUACUUCUGGCAGUUCUACCGCAACAAUCGCGCCAACGAGGCUCUGGGUGAGGACUCGGCGCCCGCAGAGGAGGGGGGCCCAUGGGAUCAAAACCGGGGACAGACAGGUAGUCAGCGAAACGCCAGUGAUGGCCAGGGCCAGCACAAUACUGGCAAGGAGGUCCACGGGGGUCAAGGAAACAUCAACAAGGCUGAUGCGAAAGAGGGUACAGCAAUGCAAGUUGGUUAG